AUGGCCAACACCAAAGAUCGGCCGGGGCCAAAGUUCGCACCCAAGUUGAUAGAGACCACCUUUGAACGCUAUCGAAAGUCCAUACCGCCCAACGAGCUGACCCCGAGUCCAUCCCCGAGGUCGCCAUCACCACCUCCGCGGGAGCGACGCAAGUUUGCGCCGCAACUGGUAGAGUCCUCGGUCCGAAGAUCUAGGCGAGUCGGAGACGAAGGCCCAGCCACGCGUCCGACAGACAGGACAGAUAUCACACCCUACACAAAUCACAUUUACGCCCCCAAGCCCCGAAGGAAACGAAGCCAUGGAUCCAUCCCAGCAAGCCCCGAGAGACAGAGGGCUCAUGCCCGGCGCGAAUCGUGUGAUGAUGAGAUUGCCGGCCCCUUGUUUGAUCUCGUGGCCCGCGAUGCUCAAAGGAAGCUCCAGGACAUUGCCAUGAGCGCGUUCCCCAACAGCGGCCAGCGCAUAGGCGGUGCCGAACAUUUCUAUGUCAGGGAGGGGUCAGAAGACGACGGGCCCCGCGGGAGGCCUUUGACGAGGGGCCCAUGGAAUCCCAUGCACUCGAGACGCAACUCGUCCGAGGAGGACAUUAGCUGGGCCUUCAAGGAGAUGCAAGAGCAUGCGCAAAUGGUGAAUGCCCACAGGCAGCGUGACAUGAGUCGGAUAGACACGUUGGACCUGGACAAGAUGAGCAUUGAUGUCCCUAGCGAUGCCAUAGAUUUGACGAGCAGACAGAGGUCGUCCAUAGCCAACUCUCCCCUGUGGAGGCCACGGCCGUCAUCAGGCUCGCUGGUGGCCAUUGGAGAGACUCAUAUGCCCUUGCUCCGUGCUGAGUCGCCUCUGCCGCCCACUGGAGAGAGUCGCAUGCCCAACAUGGAGCCAGACUCUCCCCCGGUCCGACCCAUCGGCGAGAGCUUUAUGCCGUACAUACCCUCGGCGCCUGCUGGCAAGGCUGGCGACAUGCCUUAUGUCCCGGCCUCGCAUAUACCUCCGGAAACAUCUUUUGGGCACCAUGCACCUUUCAACCCCUACGGCCAGGAAAGAGACAUGUCCCUGGAGAGGGCGAGGGCCGCCCAUCGGUUGCGACUGAAAAAAUCACCUCCCAUGCUCGGCCAGGAUCUAACGUUUAGAAAGUGCCCGUCCCCGAAGCAGACCAAGCUGGAGCCGGAUCAUUUGUGGGAUCUGGAGACGGGAACGACGCUGGAGGACCAGCACCGUGACCCGACAGAACAGCAUGGCCUCUGGCGCGGUUACUGCUACACGAGCAACCAAAACGAAAAGAUUGCUCAUGUGGACAGGCCGCUGAUGAUCACGACGCCCAUGCCCGACGCAAGCAACACAGAUCCAUUUGACCGAGCUUUUGGAACUGCUCCGGUCGAACUAAGCGAGGAGCCGACGCCGGUUGGUUCGAGGGCCGAAAGUCUGCAUAUCCCAGGAGGAGGCUCUAUUCAGCUCCAAAAGAAACCACAUUCGGCGAAUGGGAGUCUGGUCAUUCCCGAGCACCGAACCAAGAACAACGCACCCAAGGGCCUUCACAUGCUCCACAACCUGCAUAACCUGGACGAGAAACUGAAGCAAGAGAAGGCUGUGGCUGACCUCGAGGAGAAGAUUGCCGCCGAGUUUGAUGACAAGUUUGUAACGCAGGUGUACAAUUAUUUGUCUCUUGGAUACCCGGCCACGGCUAGGCUCUACGAUGAGGAGCUGAGCAAGAUCAGCCGGAUUCCCGUGGAGGAACUGGAAAGGGACGACGACGCCAUCAUGGAGGAUCUAUGGGGCGCAGAAGUCCACAGCAAUUCUCAAUCCUCUGGCUCGCAGUCCCAGAACAGUGAGGACUCUGGCCCGAGAAGGGCGGACGGGAAGAGGAUCAAGGCCACCGGACAUAUCAUGCUCGAUAGCGAAGAGCAGGACAAUGUCAAGGAGGAGGACAGGUGUCCAAGAUGGAAGGCGCUGAAGCUCUACAUCUAUGAGUGGGCCCGGCAACAUCCGGACCUGAACGCCAUCAGCCCCUUGGCCUGGGGUGUGCGCGAGCGGAGGGGAAGCUGGGGGAUUUGA